CUCUCCCUGAUAUUCUUGUUGCUCCCUUCCCUUCCCUUGCCUUAACCAAAUAUCUCUCCCACAACCUGCAACCACCGUUCUCUCCUUUUCCUCUCCCAUCUCUCUCUCUUGAAAACUUAAUAAGAAGCUCAUCCUUGUUGCCACCUUUCACCAUCUCUCUCUCUCUCUCUCUCUCUCUCACGCACACACAUACACAUUCAUACUUGCGUUCAUGGACUCUGGAGGAGACAAAGAGAGGGCGGAGAUCGACACGCGACCGCCUUUCCGGUCGGUGAGGGAGGCGGUCUCGCUGUUUGGCGAGCGGGUCUUGGCUGGGGAGGUCUACGCCGGCAACAAAACCAGAGACAUUAAAGGAGGAGCCUCCAGGAUUGGGAGGAUCACAGCAGAACUGGAAGAAGCCAAGCAAAGGCUUGAGCAAGCGAGAGAAGAAGGCGAGCGGAUGGCCAACGUCCUGUCCUCCCUGCAACAAGAGCUCGAACGCACGAGGCUAGAGCUGGCGCGGCUCAAGAAGCACCAACCCUACAAGCACCCCAUCAACGUGAUACCCGAAUUGGAAGAGGUGGAGGAGGAAGGAGAGGAAGAAGAAGAAGACGAUUUCAAAGACGUCAAGCCCGUUGAAGCUCCGACCGAGUCUGAGCGUGCAGAAGCGCUGUGGUUCGACGACGAGAAGACGGGUUUUGCUGAGAAGAGGUAUGUGACGUUUGCUGCCGACCGAGUGCUGACUCCGCAGAGCGACAACGAAGCUUGGCAGGGACAUCCUUCGAUAGGGAACAAGAAGACGACCAAGAAGAAGAAGCCAUUGAUCCCUCUGCUCGGAGAGAUUUUGUCCAAGAGGAAGGGACAUUCGCAUCGCCAAGAAGUGGCGUCGGUCCGAGACUGGAAGUAAAUUAAAUUUUCUGUCUUCAAACAUUAGUGACAACCUCUUUAUGUUUUUGAUAAGCUUUCGUAGAGAAGGACGUGAGAUGUUGAGAGCUGUUAAUUUGCUGGCGGGAUUGGUGUGUGGAAUUCGAGCCAUAGUCCAAUGAUCAUGCAAUUUGGGCUGUAUUUUCAGCAAAAAAAUAAAGGUUAUGUUUUACGCCUAAAA